AGUGAGUGAGUGCACUCGGGGGUGGCUUAAGAUUCUGCUCCAGUAUAGCAACACACUGCAGCUUCUGGCUUGCAGAAGGAAGGACUAGAAGGCCACUGAGGUGUUGGCAGCAUUCCUGCAGCUUGGCAUUACUUUGACCCUCUGGGGUAUGGCAUGUGUGAGAGAAACCUUGCCAUCCCAUGUGGCAGAGGACUUCUUUGGCCCUGAAGAGAAAACUUCUCUGUUUGACAAGACCUGGAUGGCAUGGAUGGAUUUUUAAGAUCUGAUGAGAGACAAAGACUAGCUAAAGAAAGACGAGAAGAGAGAGAAAAAUGUCUUGCUGCCCGGGAGCAGCAAAUCCUGGAGAAACAGAAAAGAGCUAAGCUCCAGUAUGAAAAGCAAAUCGAAGAACGAUGGCGGAAACUGGAAGAGCAGCGGCAGCGGGAGGAUCAGAAGAGGGCUGCUGUGGAAGAGAAGAGGAAGCAGAAACUCCGGGAGGAGGAGGAGCGGCUGGAGGCGAUGAUGCGUCGGUCCCUGGAGCGCACACAGCAACUGGAGAUGAAGAAGAAGUGCUCGUGGGGAGCUUCACUGGCCACAGGGCCUGGAGGACGUGAUGCAUGUGACAAACUUUCAACAUCAGCCAUGAAUUUGCCAAAGCAGACGGAGCCUCCCAUGAGUAAGCGCCUGUCUUCAUCCACCGUGGCAAUAUCCUAUUCCCCAGACCGAGCUCAUCGCACACACCUUAGUCCCAUGGAAACCUUUCUUGUUAUGCGACUGUUGACUCCCACACAGGCUUCUUUAGCCAGAAGCAGAAGUACACUCAUGCUCUCUGAGCAAACCAGUGACUCAGUAUCCCAUGCCUAUCCUCGUGUAGCUCCUGCUGGCCCUCUUAAAUCUUCUUACAAGUCUUCUCCCACUCGGAGUGCUGAGAGGAAGAAGACUACAUCUACAUCUGGCACAGGAGAUUCUGGGAAAGGAGCCCCUGCAGGAGCGGAGGCCUCUCCGACAGAGAAGAUGAAGAGAGGCCCUCGAACAACAGCUUCCGUUCCCAGCGUGGGCCUCGGGUCUCCUCUGAGAAGAUGUGAGUUUCCAGGAAGCAUUUCUAAGCGGUCAUCCUCUCCAGUGACAUCCAAGACAACUUCAAAAGCAUAUCCACAGUCUCCAAAGAAUGUGAAGCCACCACACCCAGGGUCUCCUGUGAAGUACCGCUCUCCCACCUUUCCCAGCCAGGAAACACCCAAGAGGAAAGCAGAGAAAGAGAAGAGCAAUAAACAAAGGGAAGGUGCCCUGGCCCAGCAGGCAGCUGGCCUGCAUGGGGAGGAAGCCCCAGAGAAGCAUGUGGUGGACAAGCAUGUCACGGAGAAGCAUUUGGCCACAGGAGGGAAGACCGAGGGCAGUGGAGCCUCAGGGAAGCCCACGGCAGGCACCACUGAUGCAGGAGAGGCUGCAAAGAUCCUGGCUGAAAAGAGACGACAAGCCCGGCUACAGAAAGAGCAGGAGGAGCAGGAACGGCUGGAGAAGGAAGAACAGGACAGGCUGGAGAGAGAGGAAUUGAAAAGAAAGGCAGAGGAGGAAAGGCUUCGCCUAGAAGAGGAAGCCCGUAAGCAGGAGGAGGAAAAGAAACGGCAGGAAGAGGAAGAAAAAAGAAAGGCAGAAGUGGAGGCUAAGAGGAAGGCCAAGGAGGAGCUGUUGUUAAAAGAAGAGCAAGAAAAGGAAAAACAAGAAAAAGAAAAGCAAGAAAAAGCCAUGAUUGAAAAGCAGAAGGAAGCAGCAGAAGCAAAGGCCCAGGAGGCAGCUAAACAGAUGCGUCUAGAAAGAGAACAGAUCAUGCUGCAGAUUGAGCAGGAGCGCCUGGAGAGGAAGAAGAGAAUAGAUGAAAUCAUGAAGAGAACAAGGAAGAGUGAUGUGUCUCCAGAAGUGAAGAAAGAAGACCCAAAAGUAGAGCUUCACUUGCCUGUGUAUGUGGAAAAUAAGACAAAACCAGUUGUCCCGAACAAAAUAGAAAUAAAUGGGUUGAACACUUGCCAGGAAGUUAAUGGUGUGGGGCGUACUGCCCCAGAAACUUUUCCUCGAGAUGUUUUCUCUAAUGGGCUUAAACCAGUUGGGGGACUUGUUCAUCUAGACACCCUUGAUGGGAAAUCAAACAGCCUGGAUGACUCAACUGAAGAAGUUCAGUCUAUGGAUGUGAGUCCUGUUUCAAAGGAAGAGCUUAUCUCCAUCCCAGAAUUUUCACCAGUAAGUGAAAUGAUUCCUGGGGUGUCUCUGGACCAAAAUGGAACUGGUAAUGCCCGAGCACUUCAAGAUCUCCUAGAUUUCACUGGCCCGCCCAUGUACCCCAAGCGAUCCAGUGAAAAUCUCAGCCUGGAUGACUGUAAUAAAAACUUGAUUGAAGGAUUUAACAGUCCUGGCCAAGAAAAUACUCUGAACACCUUCUGUUGACAAAUACAUCUCUUUAAUGAAAGGUGGUGUUUGGAGAGCCCAUGAAGCUGCUGGUAGUCAAAUCCAAGCUGCUGGUCCUCUGAAGAAGCUUCUGUUGUCCUAAAUCACUGGAUUCCAAAUUAUUAGAUGAAAAUGUAACUGUAUCCCUAGUUAGUAUGUCAAACACUGGCCACUCUUGGUAGAAACCACUCUUGGUCGAAACCUUGAAACAUUGGCCUUGUUGGGCUUUCGCAAAGUUUCAUGUUACAGUUCUAUUUAUGAGCUUCAGCUGCUGAUAAAGUGCUUCCUAUACUACUUUAUUAUCAUAGUGAUCCUCGGAAUAACCCAGGUGAUUCUGUGUUGGAAAUUCACCUUAUAACCAUUCUUAUUCCCAAAGUUGGAGUACAUAAACAUUUAGAUGUCUUUUCCUGUAAAUAUUCUAGACAUUGACUCAAACUCUACUUAAACUUACACUGAACUUGGGCUGCUUAUCUCCCUGUCUGUGUUUAGAAGAAAUUCCAGAGGGUUUUCCCCCUUUCUGUGGUUUAUUUGUUGGAAGUUACUAUCAAGCUGUUUCUUAUUAUUAAGCUUAGCCACCUGCAAAAUGCGUUGCCCCAUAUUACUCCUUGGGGGGCUGACAGAAUAAUAUUGUCUGGUUGAUUAAGAAAACUAUUAAGCAAUGUGGAAUGAUUUCUGUUCACGUAUGCAUUUUAUUAUAGACUUGGGCACCUGAAUCUAGCAAGGAUCUUGUCAUUGUUACCCCUUAAAAUAUCCAAGCCAUCGAGUAGCUUUUGGACUGAAGGAAGCUUGAAUGAUUUGUGGGGCUCAUGCACAGGUGGUUGGUUUUCAUGUUGUUGCUAUCGUUUUUCUCUUGGACCUUGGGGCCCUUGUUUGUUUGCUCCUGUGUUUGCUCAACUCUAAUGAAACCAGGCUCAAAUGAAAAUGAUAGUUCUCUGGAACAAGGGGGCCCUGAACUGGAACCAACAUGUCAUUUUAACAGACCAACAUAAAAAUAUCUGAACAAGGGACAAUGACACUAGAAUGUAUACUUCAUGUGUUUUAUGCCAUAUAAUGUGUUUUCUUAAUUUUGUUUCUUGUGGUGAAAUGUGACUUUCAGAUUAAAAUGACCUCCUUUGAAACUGUUUUUUGUUUGAAAACUUCUUUGAAACUCUUGUACAGUAAAGAGUUUGGAAAAGAUCCAUAAUUCUGACUGAGGUUUGCAACCAGGAGAUAAAAAGAAGUCUCAAUAAUAAUCUUGUUCAUGUGCUUUUAAAACCAGCUACAGUUUAAGACUUUAUCAGUUAUGGAAACUGUGUAUGUUUGUGUAUGUGUAUAUAUUAAAUAAAAUACAUGCCUCCAAUAAUGCAGUGCCAUUGAUCUUGAAUAUCAGGGGAAAUCCCUUUUAUGACAAGCACACAGAAAAUGAUAGCAUGGUCUGACUUUCAAAAAAUGCCUCACCAUCUUUCUUAGUUUUAUUUUGCUAAAUGUUUGUUUUGUUGUGAUCUGUUGUGCCUCAUAGCACCAUUGUGACCAUGGUGAUGCCUCAUGUGCA